UAUUCUUUCCAACUUCAUCCAAUGAAUCAGCCCAUUGUCCUCGUUACCGGAUGUUCCAAAGGAGGCAUCGGUUAUGCUCUUUGUGAGCAAUUCGCCAAAUCCGGAUGCCGGGUAUUUGCCACCGCUCGUCGCCUAGCUGCGCUCGACGGUCUCGAAGCAUUUGGCUGCGAUAAGCUGGAACUCGAUAUUACCAAUGCCGAAUCUAUAAAGGCAACGUUCGAGAAAAUUAUUGAGGAAGCGGGCCACAUCGAUAUCCUUGUAAACAAUGCUGGCACACCAGCGGUAGGAGCUCUUUUGGAUAUUGAAUAUGACAAAGUGCGCGCUUGCAUCGACACCAACGUCAUCGGUACUUUGUCCAUGUGCCGCGUCGUCGGUCGACAUAUGGCCGAUCGUGGAUCGGGAAAGAUCGUCAAUGUGGGCUCCGUCGUCGGUUACGCUUCCACCCCUUGGGCAGGAAUCUAUGCCCUCUCGAAAGCCGCCGUGCAUGCCAUGACCGAUAGUCUUCGAUUGGAGCUCAAACCUUUUGGCAUUCAAGUCAUCGUGGUCGCACCAGGUGCAAUUCGAUCCAAUAUCGGUGUUGCAGGCACAGAAACCAUCAAUAUCCCUCCAGAUUCCCUUUAUAAGAAAGUAUCAACGUAUAUUUAUAAGCGAGCGACCAUGUCGCAAGGACCGGAUUCUACCCCAAAUACGGUGUUUGCUGCCCACGUUGUCGGCCAGGUCCUGCGUCGUGAUCCUCCUCGCUACAUCACUUUUGGCGCAAAGUCUUUUGCAUUUGUACUCUUUUACUACUUGCCUCAUUUUGUCAAAGACUACGUCAUGUCCAAACUCUUUGGAAUCAACGAACUCAAGAAACUCCAAUAAAAUCGGUAAAAUAAUGCCGACGUU